UUGGAUUGCAAAAAAAGGGGGAAGCACAUGAAAAAAGAUCCUUCCGUUGGUGUACAUAGAGGUAGAGAUAAAUCUAAAAAUAGUCGUUGGCAAAUGGCGGCAGAGCUGCUCGGUUAAAAUAGACGGUAGACAACUAGGCUAGAAGUCUUCGGUAUAGGGAAAGCAUAUAGCGGCCAUUGAAGAGGAGGUUCAGUUGGGCAGAGCAAGUGGGCCCGAGAUCUUCUUGCGCGACACCACUAGUCUAUUGUGAAAAAUCUUUGGUAUCGACACCGCCUUCACACAUAGAAGUUCCAAAGUUCCACCUACCACCUCCUGUACCUCCUCGUUUCACCACCCUACACUCGUUAUUUCUUUUUCUUUAAAUGAUACAACAAUACUAUAGAAUUACAUUACAGACCUCCUGGGCCAGACAAAGGCGUGUCCAGUUUUGACGUAUCGUUAUACCAAUUUGGAUUUCGUUCGUUCAACUCUUAACGGAUCCUUUUCUUUUGAACCAAUUACCAUCGUGUUUUGGAUCUUGUGCCACUGCAAUAGUUUUGCGUUUCCCUUAACAUAAAAUAACACAGCGAAAUUAAAAAUGGAUAAAACUAAUUGGGGGCAACUGACUCAACUACAAGACGGGCUUCGGAUGAUGGAAGAACGAAGAGACAGUGCUAUACCUCCUAGCUCCCCAAUGGCCAUGACGAUUGACAAGUUACCGGAUAAAGUCGUGCUGCAAAUAUUUUCUUAUCUGGGCCAUCGCGAAAUUUGCCGUUUGGCACGAACAUGCCGCAAAUGGCGAAUGAUGGCUUACGACUCUCGAUUGUGGAAGUCUGUGUCUCUACGACCCGAAGUUUCUGGUCUUCAUGUGGGCAGCCUCGAAGCUUUACUUGCUUUAAUCAGCAUUCGAUUUGGUCCGUCCUUGCGCUACAUCGAAUUGCCAAUCGAAUUAAUCACGCACACCGUGCUGCACGAACUUGGAAGUAAAUGCCCGAAUCUGACCCACAUGUUGUUGGACUUUAGUACUGCUAUGCAACUCCAUGACUUUAACGAGCUACAGGGUUUCCCGACCAAGUUACGCUACAUGUGCAUUUGCCUGAGUGAAGUCAUCUUUAUGGAAGGCUUCAUGCGGAAGAUCUACUCGUUUAUCAAUGGACUGGAAGUACUCCAUCUGAUCGGAACCUAUGAAAAGAUUAGCGAAGAGGAAGAAGAAAUUUACGAAGUUAUCAACAUCCACAAAAUGAAAUCAGCAACUCCCAAUUUGCGAGUCGUCAAUCUCUACGGUAUCAACUUUGUUGACGACAGCCACGUUGAAGCGUUCAGCUCCAACUGCAUCCAGCUCGAAUGUUUGGCUGUCAAUUACUGUGCAAAAGUUACGGGCUCUUCGCUGCGGAUCUUGUUUCAGCGAUGCCGCAAAAUGCGUUGCCUUCUAGCACAGCAAACAGGAUUAUUGAGCGAGCAUGUGCAAGCCGUUGAGUGGGAAAAGACCCAACUCCAAGAAUUGGACAUUACUGGCACAGAUCUAUCAUCAGAUUGUCUUACUGACCUGUUGACUCGAGUUCCCGCUCUUCGUUGGCUCAGCGCUGGACAGCAGGAUGGCUUCAAUGAUAGUGUACUGCGUGCAUUUGCUGAUAAAGGUAAUGCUCGCAGUUUAAUGGCAUUGGAUCUGGACCGUUGCGAAUCUCUCAGCGAGGAUGGCUUAUACAAGUUCCUGUUGAGAUUCGGCCCGCAAUUGCGCGGAUUGGUACUUUCCGGAAUCCCGCACGUCACUGAUCAACUGUGGACCGGAACACUGCCAUCCCUCCGACAAGUCAAGAUCCUUGUCAUGGGUAUGACGGAAGGUUGCUGCCCGAAAAUCAAUCAAAAAGUUCUAGUUGAUCAAUUAGUAGAUUGCAUUGCACAAAAUUGCUCUCAACUGGAACGAUUAGAGCUGCGAUGGGAUCCCGAAACUCUCCGUUACUCGGACAAAAGCCAAAAAGCUAUAGACACGUUGCGUGUUCGCUGUCUUCGUCUCAGGUGCCUCGUUUUGAGCGAUGGAAAGUACUAUGAGACAGUCAAAGCAAAUUUCGAAAGAGCGGAUCGUACGACGGUUGUGCGAACUACAACCAAUUGUCGCGUGUCCAAUUGUUACCUGUCUUCGUUCUACCAAGAUCUGCUCUUCAACUAAUUGUAACUGGAAUGGGCCAAGACGGGCUACGUUUUGGUUUUGUGUAUUAAUAAUCAUUGUUGUGGGGGAUGUCAGGACAUCCUAAAAAAGGAGAAAAGAAAACACAAUCUGAAAGAAUUAAAAAAAAAUUAUUUUGCUUCGUCUUUUUCAUCAAAAAUCGAACCCUUUAAUUUAAAGUCAAGGAUGAAAAAAAUAAUUGAGAAACACACUGAAUUGGCUAAAUAGAAGCUACAAAUAGAGACGUAACCUGUUAGAUGCACGUGAACGUCAACUAAAAUUCAAAAAAUGAUAAAUUGCCACAAUCUCAAAAUUC